GAGAAUGAGCGCCCGGGGCCGCCGAGCGCCGCCGGAGCCCCAGCCCCGAGGACCCCGGGCUCUCCCCGCGCGCGACCAUGUCAGUGGCCUUCGCGUCCGCCCGGCCGCGGGGCAAAGGGGAGGUCACGCAGCAGACCAUCCAGAAGAUGCUGGAUGAGAACCACCACCUGAUACAGUGUAUCCUGGACUACCAGAGCAAGGGCAAGACGGCCGAGUGCACCCAGUACCAGCAGAUCCUGCACCGGAACCUGGUCUACCUGGCCACGAUCGCGGACUCCAACCAGAACAUGCAGUCCCUGCUCCCCGCUCCGCCAACGCAGAACAUGAACCUGGGCCCCGGAGCACUGUCCCAGAGUGGCUCCAGCCAGGGCCUGCACUCCCAGGGCAGCCUCAGUGAUGCUAUUGGCACGGGCCUGCCCCCGUCCUCCCUCAUGCAGGGCCAGAUCGGCAACGGUCCAAACCAUGUGAUGCAGCAGACAGCACAGAGCACGCUGCCCACCACCUCCAUGAGUAUGUCGGGCAGUGGCCACGGCACGGGGCCUGGCUACAGCCACUCGGGACCCGCCUCGCAGAGUGUGCCCCUGCAGGGCCAGGGCGCCAUCGGCAACUACGUGUCACGGGCCAACAUCAACAUGCAGUCCAAUCCAGUGUCCAUGAUGCACCAGCAGGCAGCCUCGUCCCACUACAACUCGGCACAGGGCGGGAGCCAGCAUUACCAGGGCCAGUCGUCCAUCGCCAUGAUGGGCCAGAGCGGGCAGGGGAGCAGCAUGAUGGGGCAGCGGCCCAUGGCGCCCUACCGGCCCUCCCAGCAAGGGUCCUCCCAGCAGUACCUGGGCCAGGAAGAGUACUACGGCGGCGAGCAGUAUGGCCACAGCCAGGCCGCCUCGGAGCCCAUGAGCCAGCAGUACUACCCUGAUGGACAUGGUGACUACGCCUACCAGCAGUCAUCCUACACGGAGCAGAGUUAUGACCGGUCCUUCGAGGAAUCCACGCAGCACUACUACGAGGGCGGAAACUCGCAGUACAGCCAGCAGCAGGCGGGGUACCAGCAGGGCGCAGCCCAGCAGCAGGCGGGGUACCAGCAGCAGUACCCCAACCAGCAGAGCUACCCCGGGCAGCAGCAAGGCUACGGGCCCGCCCAGGGAGCCGCGUCGCAGUACUCCGGCUACCAGCAAGGACAAGGCCAGCAGUACGGAAGCUACAGAGCGUCUCAGACGGGCCCGUCCGCCCAGCAGCAGCGGCCUUACGGCUAUGAGCAGGGCCAGUAUGGAAAUUACCAGCAGUAAGGGGCAAGCGUUCUUGUUAGAGCCUCGCAGUGGCACGUCCCUCCCGGGAUGGUCGGGCUGGUGGCAGUUCUGAUGAACUAUGACCUCUUGGUUGCCCUUCCGCCCCACGCAGCGUCUGCAUGUGAAGCGUGCACAUUUCAUCCUGGGUAUGACGCCAAGCAUGCACCGCUGGCGGGAGACAGCGCUUGGAUGGUGUGACAUAUUUGGUGCUGUGUAUAGUAUUGUACGUCCAUACAACGGGGAGGUUGUCUCUUUUUUGUCCCCCCGCCCUUGAUGUUUCUAGCUAGCUUUAGGGGUCCUCUUGUCAUCAGAGUAUUCUGUGCCCAGGAAUGGGCCACAGCUACAAGAUGCCAUAGUCCAUGUGUUCACAUAAACGGGCCUCAGGUCUGGCUCUCCUCAUGCACUUGUCGUAAUGUGGGUUGUAAACUUGUCUUUCACUGACUACGCCGCAGCUGGACACACGCCACAGCCCCUGGAUGGCAGCCUCUUCCUGUGCCUCGAUGGGGGGGGGGGGGCAUCUUCUAUGUUUUGGGUCAGUUUCUGUUACACAAUGAGAAGGAUAAAAUGCUUCAUUCAGAGAGGCUGCGAAUGGUCUUUCCCAGAGCUCACGCAUUACCUGUGUCUCUCACCAAUUGUGUUUAUCCAAGACGUCUUAUGUUUUUGUUUUAAAAAGUAAAGAGGGAUCAAUGCGUAUAUUCCAAAUAAAUGUACAGCUAGCCUAGCCCAGGUUAGGAAGGAGGGUAGUUCCUGAAGGACAGAGGGCAGUUCUCUAAAAUGCCUGGCAUUGGCCCUUUGUUCAUUGGCUGGUCAUUUCUGGGAUUUGGAUAUUUGAUAUGCCCAGUUCUAAAUUGAUAACUUAAAAAUAUUUAUACCAAAUUUUCCAAACAGUUGGCAAGUUGUUUGUUUCAUUUAUAUUAUUUCUUCCAGGACCUACUUGUUCAGUUCUCCAAGCAAGCGUUCCUUUUCUUGUAGAGACAUCUGAAAGUUACAUCUUAUUUUUAAAAAGAACCUUACAAAUUUUACUGUGUUCUUCCUAAUGAAAAGGAAAGGUUUUCUAUGGGAAAAUUUGAGUAGAUUUUACAUUCCUAGGACAUUAAAUCCCAUUUAAAUUCUACGCAGACAUUAAAGACAGCUCACUUGACAAAGUAGAGUCAAAGGAAAAACCCUCUAUUUCAUUAAUUAGUAAUACCGAUAUUGUAUUAUCUUUUACCUGGACUGUAAUACCCACAUGAAUACUUUAAAAACAUCUUUGGAUAAAUACUGAUGUACUUGUAAGAACAACCAAAAGAAUAGAAAAAAUAUCCAAUUCUCGCUAUAUCGGGUCUACUGAAGGUGAUGUUUUUAAAUUGGUAAGUUUCAGAAAUGUCUUAAAACUCUAAAGUAGUUCUUUAUCCAGAGCUGUUGAACGGUUUACAGUUUACAAGGCGUUUUAUGUUGUUUUCGUUUUGUCUUGUUUUGUUGCUUGAAUGAAUCCUGACAGUCCACACUGGGAAAUACGGGGGCAAUUACUGUUCCCAUUAGACGUAUGAAGAACAGAGGUGCAGGUUAAAGAUUGCCCCAGACGAGUACCAGUCCUAUUCUGGGAUAUUUUCCCCUCUUCUGUGGGGACAGACUCACACAUGCACUGGGAUAGGAGUGUUUAUCUUAGAGGCAUAUGGGUUUUAAAAACUCUUGACACUGGUAAGGGCUUAAAAAUACAUAUCUAUAUUAAAUGACUGGAAUGAGAGUUCUUAAUUGCUAAAUGACACAGACAUUAGCAAUUUCGUUUAGGGAGGUGUCUCCCUCGCUUUUGUUCUGUUCGUUCUUGGCAGUUUUCACAGAACUAAUUUGCAGACUCAAUCGGGGAUUGAAAUUUCCCACUGAAAAUGUUAAACAUCUUAGGCAACUGUGAACGUAGUUUUAUUUUUAUUCCUUGCCAAUCUGCGAAUAUGCCUUUUAUGUGUGUGUGUGUGUGUGUGUGUGUGUGUGUGUGUGUGUGGUUUUUUUAAGUGGUGUAUUAAUACUUUUUGAAAGAAAAGGACACUUAAACUUAUCCCAAAACUUCAAUCUGAAAUGUCUUACAUUAAGAAUUUCUUGAAUGUUGUGUAUAUAUUUUAAAAAGCACUUUGUGAAAUAGUUUGUACAUUUAUUUCCUAAUUUAUACAUGAUUUUUGGUAUUAAUAUAUUUAACGAUUAAUAACAGAAUGUUUAUUUAACGUGUUGUCCAUUUUUAUGUAAUAUUGUGGGGGGAAGGUGAUGCCAGCAGUUGUUUUUCAUUAAAUGUAUUAUAUCUUCUCUUCCGUGAUGUGUUCGCAAAGCUUAGGCUAACGUGAGUUGUUUGUGCAGUGUGGUCGAUGGUGCUUUGUUUCUUACGACGGCUUCCACGCAAGGCCAGUGGACAGGCAGGGACGGACCACCUGGACCUCGGCGCUCAUUCUCCCGCAGUGUCCCUGCCCCCGGCAGGUGCUGGAUUCCAGACGUGCCCACGGUGUCCAGAAGUCUGACCAAGUCGCGGGGCCGCAGAGCCUCGGCCGGGGCGCGGUGGACUGGGCCUGGGCUGCGGGAGGCCGCCCGUGCUCCGGCCCCCAGCUGUGCCCGUGUUGGUGCGAGCAGGUGCGCCGCGUGUGGCACCGCUGGGCCGUUCCCCCGGGAUUUGUGGGUCUCUUCCUUCAUUUCUAGUCAUUGAACAGGUCGGAUUCGUCUCACUCGUGAGCACAGUCCAUUUUCUGGAGAACAUCCUAUCCCUUCACUUUUUUCCAGAGUCCGGCGCCCAUUAAAUUGCUUAUGAUUUGGUGUAAUGUGUGAAUAAACUGGUUCUUCAAAAGCA